CAGUCCCGGGGUCCUUUAGUCACAUGUGACGUCAUCCAGCUUCCUCCGGUCCUUGGUUGGGAAAACGUGGAGGACUUCACUUGAUGACAUUGCAGAGAUUUGUCAAGCUGACAAGUUGACCACAAUGGAGUACAUUGAAGCCCCUGCGACCAGCAGCCAGGGGAAUAUCCUGUGUUGUACCUGUGGUGUCCCCAUUCCCCCUAAUCCAGCCAACAUGUGUGUAGCCUGCCUGCGUACUCAGGUCGACAUCUCAGAGGGAAUCCCCAAGCAAGUCACAGUGCAUUUCUGCAAGCAGUGUGAACGGUACUUGCAGCCACCCGCCACCUGGAUACAAUGUGCUCUCGAGUCAAGAGAACUAUUGGCCCUUUGCCUGAAAAAACUCAAGAGCUCUAUGACUAAAGUGCGUCUAAUUGAUGCUGGUUUCCUGUGGACAGAGCCACACUCCAAAAGGAUCAAGAUGAAGCUGACCAUCCAGAAAGAGGUGAUGAAUGGCGCGAUCCUGCAGCAGGUGUUUGUAGUGGAGUUUGUCAUCCACCCCCAGAUGUGUGACGACUGCCACCGUGUGGAAGCCAAAGACUUUUGGAAGGCAGUGGUUCAAGUUAGGCAAAAGACUGUUCAUAAAAAGACCUUCUACUAUUUAGAACAAUUGAUCCUAAAGCAUAAACUCCAUCAGAAUGCCCUUAACAUCAAAGAAAUUCAUGAUGGGAUUGAUUUUUACUAUGGCUCCAAGCAGCAUGCACAGAAGAUGGUUGACUUCUUGCAGUGCACUGUGCCCUGCAGGUCUAAAACAUCUCAGCGCCUCAUCUCUCAUGACAUCCACUCGAACACUUACAACUACAAGAGCACCUUCUCUGUAGAAAUUGUUCCUGUGUGCAAGGACAACGUAGUGUGUCUGCCACCUCGGUUGGCGCAGAGCCUGGGGAACAUGAAUCAAAUCUGUGUGUGCAUCCGUGUCACCAGCACCAUCCAUCUCAUUGAUCCUCGAACCCUGCAGAUUGCUGAGGUGGAUGGGAGCACAUACUGGCGCAAUCCCUUCAACAACCUCUGUAAUCCAAAGCAACUUGAGGAGUUCAUCGUGAUGGACAUCGACAUCAUCAGAGACCAGAAGCUGGGAGCUGGAGCUGGUAUGAGGUCCAACAAGCACACCUUGGCUGAGGUGUGGGUCCAGAAAACAUCAGAGAUGAAUACAACUCAGCAGUAUCACUGUCGCACUUUCCUGGGCCACCUGCUCAAUAUUGGAGACCUUGUACUGGGGUACGACUUUGCCAAUUCCAAUAUCAACGAUGAGUACCUGAACAAAAUGAACCCUCACCAUGUUCCUGAUGUGGUGCUGAUCAAAAAGAGCUACGACCGCAGCAGGAGAGUGAGACGCCGAAACUGGAAACUGCAGGAGAUGGCCAGAGACCGUGAAGGGAUGGACACUGAUGAUGAGAGACAAUACCAGGACUUCCUGGAGGACCUAGAGGAAGAUGAGGCUUUGAGGAAGAAUGUCAAUAUCUUCAGAGAUGCCUCAAAGAUCCCAGUGGAGAGUGACACUGACGAUGAUGGAGCACCAUGUAUCUCUCUGAUGGAGAUGCUGGAAGAACUCAGCUUGUCAGAUGCCACGGGUGGAGAGGGCGCUGACAUGAUGACAGACUAGCCAGUUGUGCCACUGCCUUCAUGGCACCACUGAUUUGUUAAAUACAAGUCUGGUGGUGAUACAGUGAUACUUUACAUGUCUGAUUUUUGAACUGGCACCAGACUGAGGACUGACUGAACCUCUGACAGAUAAUGUUUGAUGCCGAUGAAAUCCAGAUUUUCUGACUUUGAUGACUCGUAACAGUUAAACCCAAUAAAGCAAGAAUAGAAAAAAAUUCAACUGUUUCAUCUUAUCAUGUACCUCGGCUACCUAAUAGCAGCAGACUGUCCUACUUUGUACCUUCAAGUUGCCAUUUCAGUAGCACUCAUCUCUAUGUAAAAUUUCUGAUUGAUAUAGAAAUGGAGUGCAUGUUAACUUUAUCUAAAUAAAUGUUUGAAAAAU